GUGAGUUAGUGAUCAUGUGUUCUUCAGGAUUUUCAUGGUCUUCUACUGCAGAGGAAGUUACUCAAGGGAUCCAUGGAACUGGUCUCACUGCUAUUGUCACAGGAACAACCCAUGGUAUUGGCAUUGAAACUGCAAGAGUUCUAGCUUUGCGUGGAGUCCAUGUGAUUAUGGCCGUGAGAAAUGUGAUUGCUGCAAAAGCUAUUAAAGAAACAAUUCUUAAAGAGAUUUCCACAGCUAAAGUUGAUGUGAUGGAGUUAGAUCUCAGCUCAAUGGCAUCUGUGAGGAAAUUUGCAUUAGACUUCAAUUCAUCUGGUCUUCCAUUGAACAUCUUGAUAAACAAUGCAGGAAUAGGGGCAUCCCCUUUCACGCUGUCCAAAAACAACAUAGAACUACUCUUCGCCACAAAUCACUUAGGUCAUUUUCUGUUAACAAAUCUUUUGUUAGAUACUAUGAAGAAAACUACAAUUGAAAGCAAGAUAGAAGGAAGAAUUGUCAAUGUAUCAUCUGAUGGCCACCACUAUACAUAUCCCGAAGGAAUUCUUUUUGAUAAAAUUAAUGAUGAAUCAAGUUACGAGAAGUGGCAUGCAUAUGGGCAAUCAAAGCUUGCUAAUAUUUUACAUGCCAAUGAACUCGCAACACGCCUUAAAGAAGAUGGAGUAGAUAUUACGGCAAAUUCUCUUCAUCCAGGAAGUAUUAUCACCAAUAUUUAUAAUCCAGAGACUAGUGGAAGUGUGCCAACUGAUUUAAUUAAGAUGAUUGUUAAUCCUCAGAUAAAAAGUAUCCAACAGGGAGCAGCAACAACAUGCUAUGUGGCGUUGCAUCCACAUGUGAAGGGAAUUAGUGGCGAGUAUUUUUCAGAUAAUAAUGUGGCUAAAGCAAGUUCACUGGCAAUGAACACUGAUUUAGCAAAGAAACUUUGGGAUUUCAGCAUGAAAAUAAUUGAUUACAAUACCCAAGAGCAAUUAUGAAUGCAAUUCACAUAGACUUUCUCGCUAACUAAAACGUGUCACGAUUUAGAGACACUGAAUUAUGUACGAAUUUCCUAUUCUUUACAUUUUAUGCUCCUCUAGCUUGGU